CAUCUGACCAGAGAAGCUCGCAGUGAUGCUAUCUCGUCGCUAUCUAUUGUCUCUGUGGUUGGCACUCCAUCACAGUUGGAUUGGAAAUGGAUCGAUUGACAGGGGAAAGAAGAAUCCUUUUCGUUCACUCAAGUGUAUUUGGAUCUAUCUUUCAAGCAGUCUGUCAUAAACCCCAGUUAGGGUUUUUGCCUUCCCUGAUGAAAGUGGAGGAGGUGAGGGCGCUGGGGAGCGCGCUCCUCGUCUCCAGGGCCACUGUCAACAAUUGCUCCACGCUCCUGUCGAUCGUCUCCGCAUUUUGCAAGCGCGGCGCUGGAUCGUCCUCGUCUGUGGAAUGUGUGCUCGAGGCUGUGCGGUGUCUCCAGGCGUUCUCUCUGCCCAUUCUCUCGUCCCAGGGCGUUCUAGGGAAGCCGCAGAGCGACGGUGAUGGCUCGGAGGCGAUCUACAGAGCUUGGCUCAAGGACAAGUUUGAGGAGCUCAUAGAGCUUCUCAUUGCGAUCGUGGUUGGGACCGAAGAACAUCGACUCGAGAGUUCUCGUUUGCGAGUUGCUAGUAAAGGUGAAGAAGAUGUCUCGGACGCAAAGCUUGGAAGAGAUCCCUACCUUGCGAACGAAAAGACAUCUAAUUGCCGCGCUCUGGAGAGUUCGUUGUGGGAAAUAGAAACACUUCGAAGGCAUUACUGCCCUGCUGUGUCAAGAUUUGUGAGCACGCUGGAAGCUGAUCUUACCGUCAAGAGUAAGACCACGGAAGUUCAAAUCAGCGAUUUUUGUUCUGGAUCCUACUCUACUAUCUUCAACGAGACAAAGAGAAGAUUAAAGCAAGUUCCUCUAGCUUAUUACAAGGUUGUCCCAAACGCAUUGUUUUCCAACAAUGAAGAGUUUGCGGGCUGGAGCUGCCAAUAGAAAAGAAGCGCAAAGUAAUGUAAGAUCUCGUCCGUUAAUGCAGCCGGCCCAACGGACGGCUCAGAUUGCUUCCUGUCCCGCCCGUGGCCAAGUUUAAACUCUCA